GAUUUACAGAUCCCUAUCCAACGUGCACCACAGUCGAGUAAUUUGUUUGAUUUCGAUAGAAUUUUAGUUUAAUUUUAAUUAAUUUAAAUAAAUUCUUCCAAAUGGUUUUCAUGGAAGAAAACGAUAUAGCUGAUAUAGAAGAUCUUAUAUCUUCCGAAGAUAUUAAACCCAAAGAAAGAUAUCGAAAUAAGAAAAAUGUUACUGUAAGACCAAAGAAGGCUGUGAAUGGAAACGUUGCAAAUGCCACCACAGAACCUGAGGCAAAGAAGAUUUAUGAAAGCGUAAUUCCGGGGACACAAAAAAUAUACGUGAAAACAUGGGGUUGCUCUCACAACAGUUCCGACACAGAAUAUAUGAUGGGACAGUUAUCCGCAUACGGUUAUCAGUUGACUGAACAAAAGGAUAACGCUGAUCUGUGGUUACUCAACAGUUGCACGGUUAAAAAUCCCUCAGAAGAUACCUUUCGUAAUGAAAUCGAGCAUGGAAUGUCUACGGGGAAACAUGUGGUUGUGGCUGGAUGUGUUCCCCAAGGUGCUCCGAAAUCUUCGUAUUUGAAAGGACUGUCAGUCAUUGGUGUGCAACAAAUUGAUCGAGUGGUAGAGGUUGUGGAAGAGACUUUAAAGGGACAUACUGUGCGUUUACUACAGAGUAAGAAGGAAGAUGGCCAUAGAGUUGCUGGGGCAAAACUGGCGCUACCAAAAAUACGAAAGAAUCCAUUGAUUGAAAUUAUUGCCAUCAACACUGGUUGUCUUAAUCAGUGCACGUAUUGCAAGACAAAACAUGCUAGAGGUGAUUUGGCAAGUUAUGCUCCGGAGGAGAUUGUGGCUCGUGCAAAACAGGCCUUUGAGGAAGGAUGCUGUGAAAUAUGGCUAACUUCAGAGGACACAGGGGCAUAUGGAAGAGAUAUAGGAACAUCUUUACCUGAGCUGCUGUGGAAACUUGUCGAAGUAAUACCGGAGAAUUGUAUGCUUCGCGUUGGUAUGACAAACCCUCCUUAUAUCUUGGAACAUUUGGAAGAAAUGUCAAAAAUUCUAAAACAUCCGAGGGUGUAUGCUUUCUUGCAUGUUCCUGUACAAAGUGGCAGUGAUGCAGUCUUAGGGGAUAUGAAACGUGAAUAUUGUCGGAGUGAUUUCGAGCACGUGGUGGACUUUUUACGUGAACGGGUCGAGGGGUUGACUAUAGCAACGGAUAUUAUUUGCGGGUUUCCCACCGAAACAGAGGAGGACUUUGAGGACACAAUGAAAAUGUGCAAAAAGUAUGAAUUCCCCAGUCUUUUCAUCAAUCAAUUUUUCCCCAGACCCGGAACUCCGGCAGCAAGGAUGACCAGAAUCCCAGCUGAUCAGGUGAAAAAGCGCACAAAGCGUCUGACUGACCUCUUCAAUAGUUAUUACCCCUACGCUGGCCGAGAGGGACAAGUUUAUAAAGUUCUUGUUACUGAGGUAUCGCAUGACAACUUACAUUACGUGGGCCAUAACAAGAGCUACGAGCAAAUCCUGUUACCAAUGCGCAAAAAUCUCUUGGGCAGUUGUGUUAAUGUGCGCAUUACGAGUACAACAAAGUUUAGCAUGAUGGGUGAAAUCAUCGAUGACGAAGAUGAGUGGAAGAAGUGUAGCCUUCCAGUCAAGCAGCAGCAGCAGUCCUCCGUCCAAUCUCAGAAGUCACACAGUAAAAUGUUAAUUGCAUUAAUAUUGGGACUGCUGGCGUUUAUAAUACAAUGGCUUUGGAGACAUUUUUAAGUGAAACUAACGAAAUGUGUGGGAGAAGGAAUAGAUUUACUUUAAUUUUACUGUUUUAGCGUUUGUUACCUUUCUCUCAGACGAAAAAUUUGUUUAUGAAUUAAAGUUUUUAAGCUACCAUUUUCUUGGUAACCAAUAAAUAAAUUGUACAGAAAUAGUAAGAUCUGUUUCGUAAA